AUGCGCCUCCGCGACUGGGUCUGCGCGGGCUGCCACGCGAUCAACCUCGGCCAGCGCCAGUCCUGCUUCUCGUGCGGUGCUGUCAAGUGUGCCAACGCACGUGCUGCCACUCGUCAAGUCACAGAAAUCGACGAAGCCGGCCCUCCGCCGCGGAUGACUGACACAUCGGCUGCCGGGCUUCAUCUCGCGUCGACCGACGCCGCCUGCAAUGUCGAAGGCACCAGGCCGGCAGCCUACUACGCAGAGGCUGCAGCGCGGAGAGGCGGCUUCAAGCCCGAGAGCUUCCGCGUCCGCGCGAGUGAGGCGGCGCGGCGAGCGGCAGCCGAGGCGCAGCGGGCGGAGGAGCGGCGCGAGCGGCAGAGGCGGCGCGAGGCUACCGGCGACGCGCGGAGUCGGGGCGUCAAGACUAGCGGAGCGGAGAGUGACCAGCCGCUCGGUGAGCUGCUCGCCUCGCGGGACGAAGUGGACACCCUCUCCGCCUCGCUACGACGUACCAGCCGGCAAGCGGCGGCGAUGCCCUCGCUCGCGGACGAGAUCGCGGACCUGCUCAACCCCGCGCCGCGCGAUGUCGACGGCGACCAGGACGGCGACGGCUACCUCACCGCUGCGGAGCGGCCGUCGCUGCUCACCGACUCUGAGCGGGCCUCGGCGGCGGCGCCUGCCGGCGGGAGGCGGAUGCGCGGUGCCGGCAUCCAGAUGAGCGCGGCGGAGGCGGCGCGGUACGCCGGCCGCAAGGUGAGUCGCGACAAGCUCUUUGGCCGCUCAGCGCUGCGGCGGCCGCGGCAGCAGGCGGCGGCAGAGGAGGAGGGCGGCCCGGAAGACGGAGCCUUUGUGGACGACGGCGAGGAGGACGCCGACGGCGACGAGGAGGGCGACCCUAUGCUGUACGACAUGCGCAGCGACGACGACGGCGGUGGCGGCGGCGACGAGGAGGAGGACGAGGAGGGCGAGGAGGACGAGGAGGGCGGCAGCGGAGAGGAGGAGAGCGGAGAGGACAGUGGCGGCGAGGAGGAGAGCGGCGAGGAGGGCGGUGAGCUAUCCAGCGGCGAGGAGGGCGCCAGCGACGACGGCGACGGCGCGCGCGGAGACGACGGCAGCGGAGACGGCGGCGGCGACAGCGACGGCGGCGGCGGCGGCGACGGCGACGGCGCGCGGCGGCGGCGGCGGCGGCGAGGGGAGGAGGGCGGCGGCAGUUUGUAUGCAGAGUGGGCUCAGCUGGCGGAGGGGGAGAGCUCGCUGCUGCAGCAGCUGCAGGCCUCGCGGGCCGACGAGGCGGAGGCUGCGGAGCACACCCGCAGGCGACAGACGACCAUCCCGCAGCCGCUGAGUGAUGAGUCGACGCUGCGCGCGCAGCGCGCGCACACCCUGGCCGAGCCGGUCCUGGGGUUGCGAGAGGGCGGCGUUGCGGGGGCGGUGGGCGAAGUGUACGACGAUGCGCCGUUCUACCACUCGCUGCUGCGGUCGCUACUCGAGGAGGGGGGUGCCGCCCUCGCCGCCGCCGCCGCGCCGAAGCUCAAGCGCACCAAGCGCAAGGCGGAGUCGCGCCAGUCCAAGGGGCGACGACUCUCGUAUGAGGUACAGCCGCCGCUGCAAAACUUCAUGUUUCCGGUGGUGCCCGAGCGCCCCGUCAUCCUGGGCGAGCUCUUCUCGUCUGUCUUCGGGAGGCGCCCGCCGUCUGCGCCCGAGGAGGAGGGGGGCGAUUCUGCCGCCCUCGACCCCGGCGCGACGCGGCGACAGGGCGCCAAGCGGCAGCGUGGCGGCGCGGGCGGCACCGCCGCGGACGCCUCCGUCGCGAUUCGCCACGGCGUUGCCGCGGCGGAGGAGGAGUUUGAGGGCGCGAACCUCUUCCUGAGAUGA